AUGGGCGCCGAAUGCCCUGCACACAUCAAGGCUGUCACAGAUAGGGAUGGCAAAGUGGAGGUUACGUACGUAGCGACGCACAUUGGCCACAAUGUCGAUUCUAUUCCUCGAAGUACCCAUCAAAUGGCCAAGAAAAGAAUCGCAAUAAAAAGAAUGAAACUGGAAGAAAAAAAUAAAUCAUUCAACUCAAGCAGUAUUCGGACUGAGCGGCUGCUAACUCAGCGGAAUGACAUUAUCGAAGAGUUGAACUGCAUUGAUCUCACUUCAGAAGGCUUCAAGGGCGACCGUAUCGAAAAGCUGCUCUCCAUGAUACGUAUAGCACUUGACCUGUUCAAGGAUGAUGAUCGAUCAAGCGACAAACGAACUCUUCCACAGCAGAACGGCAGCGAAAUGGUCGACGCCAGUAGACUUGUAAUGGAGGGCGAUUCAAGAUUCGCCGAAAUACCCUACCACCCGUUGAUGGACUGUCUGACACUUUCAGAAGCUUUUGUCGUGGUAGGAAAGCUAUACCCACAUGACCAGCCGUCGCAUGGCUAUCGACAGAUCAUCGACGAGGAGGUUCAAUACGACGCCGCCACUGGUCAGCCCAUUUGCGUCGAUGGAAAGGUGCUUCGGAAGUACCGCCUCAGCGACUACAAGUGGUUGACGCUGGGUGAAGUCCAGGACCAGGUGAUAUCCUUUGGCCGCGGCCUGGCCGCCAUUGGCAUGCAGGUCGACGACCGGGUGACCAUCUUCUGCGAGACGGGCAUUCACUUCUUCAGCGCAUUGCUCGGAGCGAACCUUUAUGGCGGUGUUGUCGUGACGCUUUUUCACACUCUGAACGAUGACGGCCUGGUGCACGGCGUCAAUGAGACCAAUGCCAAGUUUAUCGUCACCAGUUUUGAGUUGCUGGAUCGAAUUGCCAGCUUUGUUCAACACUGUCCGAAGGUGGAGCAUGUCAUAUACUAUGAAGGUCCGAAAAAGCAGAAGAACAUCAACUUGCCGGAGCACAUUAAAGUGUGGACCUUCUCGCAGCUGCUCUGCCUUGGCCAUUCUGAGCCGUACCGCGACAUGAAGGCGUGCCCCCUUCCGCCAAAAGCAAUCCAAUUAAUCAUGUACACAUCGGGUACGACAGGAGUGCCGAAAGGCGUCGUGGCGACCGGUGCGCAGAUCAAAGAGUCUGCCAUGGCCUGCGGCCAGGUGGUGCGUGACAUCAUUCCCGAGGGCCCAAAACACAUCUACAUCGCCUACCUCCCACAGGCGCACAUUCUUGAGCUGUCCAUUGAGAUGUUCCUCUUCAUUGGCGGCGUCAAGAUCGGCUACGCCACGCCUUUCACUCUGAAUGAGUCGGCGCCGGGGCUGCUCGAAGGCCAGGUCUGCGACUUGCAGCUGCUCAAACCGACGGUGAUGACGGCAGUGCCGCUGGUGCUCGAUCGAAUGCAGAAGGAGAUCUACCUGAAGUUGUCGCAGAGGACGCCCUUCUCCACGGACAUCUUCAACUACCUGAUUGACUACAAGUCCUACUGGAUUCAGAAGGGCUACCAGACGCCAAUCGUCAAUCAGCUGCUGUGCGGCAAAAUCCGCGAGCAAUUCGGCAAUCGCCUUCAGUUUUUAGUCGUCGGUGGAGCGCCCCUCGCACCAAAGCUGCAAACGCUGAUUCGAAAUUCGCUAGAGAUUACCCUCAUUCAGGGGUACGGCACCACAGAGACUACGGGAGGUUGCUGCUGUAUGGACUUUAACGAUCUCACCUACGGACGAGUCGGUGCUCCGUUGAAUGGCGUUCGAGUGCGUCUGGCUGACUGGCAUGAAGGCGGCUACUCCAUACUGGAUAAGCCUAAUCCAAGGGGAGAGCUGCUGGUUGGUGGGAAGAUGAUCUCUCAGGGGUAUUAUCAACUGGAGGAGCAGACGAGGGAAAACUUCUUUGAUGAGGAUGGCUUCCACUUUUUUGUCACCGGCGACAUUGGAGAGAUGUUUCCGGACGGAACUAUUAAGAUAAUCGGUAUGUUCAUAGAUGGAUGGAUGUUAUUAGUCAUAACAAUCAGCACGUGCAUCAUUGCUCUUCAUUUGAAUGACAUAAAUCACACCGCACACUGA